AUGGGACUGUGUCAUUAAGCUUCUGUAAGAUCUUUUUUUCCCCAAGGAUCAAACAUUCAGUCUCAUUCUUUUGUGGGAAUUAGAGCAAGCACACAUCCCUAAUUUUGUCAUUGUUUCAGUACGUCUGUUUGCAUUUGAGACCCAGUUCAAUUGUUAAGAUAAAUAAGCUCCUUUCAUUUUCACCGGUAUUCCUUAACCCACCUGAUCCAGUUUUCAGUGAUAUAUGUUGAUAAAAGUUAAUCUGUCAAAUAAUAUAAAUCAUCUCCCUUGCACAGCUUUGGAAAGGCCUUUCAAUGGUCAGGUAAAAUAAGUUAGACUGAGUGACUAACCUUCUUUCAUUUAUACAGAUACUUUUCUCAGUGAUGAUAGGAUCUUUGUCCAUUGGUCAGGGACUAACAAACCUAGAGGGUGUUUCAAAGGCUCGAAGUGCUGCCUAUGAAGUAUAUGGUCUCAUUGCAAAGCAUCGUUCUAUAGAUAGCAGCUCCAAUGAUGGCCAUAAACCUGAUAGUAUCAGAGGAGACAUUGAAUUCAAGGAUAUUCAUUUCAGCUAUCCAACCAGACCAGACAGUAAAAUUCUUAAUGGUUUGAAUGUGAAGAUUACAAGUGGUCAGACCAUGGCACUAGUUGGGGCGAGUGGCUGUGGUAAAAGCACAACAGUUCAGCUGCUCCAGCGUUUCUAUGACCCAGAAGCAGGAGAGAUAACUCUCGAUGGGCAUGACAUCCGUACAUUGAAUGUGAAGUGGUUGAGAGAACACAUUGGCAUUGUGAGCCAGGAACCAAUUCUGUUUGCUACAACUAUUGCUGAAAACAUACGGCAUGGUCGAGAGGACGCAACUGAUGAAGAUAUUGAGCAAGCGGCAAAGGAAGCAAAUGCUUAUGAUUUUAUAUCAAUGCUACCUGAUAAAUUUAACACAAUUGUUGGUGAAAGAGGUACCCAGAUGAGUGGUGGACAGAAGCAGAGAAUUGCUAUUGCACGUGCAAUAAUCAGCAACCCAAAAAUUCUUCUGCUGGAUGAAGCGACAUCUGCUCUCGAUACUCAGAGUGAAUCAAUAGUGCAGGUAGCUCUGGAUAAGGUAAGUGGGAUUACUGAACAAGGUAUUCACAGUGAACUCAUGGACAAGAAGGGCAUUUAUUAUUCCCUUGUAAUGCAGCAGAGUUCAAAUAAGAUGGGUGAUUGUGCUGAAGAAAGAGGCAAUGCUUUGGAGAAUGUGAAUGAACUGGAGAACGAUGAAGUCAAAAGCAUGCAGAUAAUGAGCAGGAGCAGUUUCAGAAGAACAUCAAGCAAGAAACUUCAAAAAAUUGCUUCCUCUGAAUCAAAAGAAACAGAGAACAAUGACGAAGCAAACAAUUCGGAAAAAGAUUUAGCAGAAGUUUCAUUUCUACAAAUCCUUGCUCUGAACAAAACCGAGUGGCCAUAUGUUGUAAUUGGAAUCCUCUCAGCCAUUGUAGGUGGUGGUGUACCAGUAGCAUUUGGUGCGGUGCUUUCACGGAUUAUUGGGGUAUUUGCAAUCACUGACCCUGAACAAAAACAGCAGAGGGCUUCUAUAUUUUCCUUGAUUUUCCUAGGUCUGGGAACUCUCAUAUUGUUGUGUCACUGUAUACAGGGUUACAUGUUUGGAAAAUCUGGGGAAAUCCUUACAAUGAGGCUGUGUGCAUUAUCAUUUAAAGCAAUGUUACAACAGGAGAUUGGUUGGUUUGAUGAUCAAAAGAAUAAUGUUGGUGUGCUACUAACUCGUUUGGCUACAGAUGCUUCACAGGUUAAAGGGGCCACGGGAUUACAAAUCGGUAGCAUUGCAAUGAAUAUCUGCACCUUAGGAACUGCUGUAAUCGUCGCAUUCGUGUUUGGAUGGCAGCUGACCUUAGUUAUUCUGUGUUGUAUCCCAUUUCUUAUUACUGCAGAUUUUAUUGCGAUGCGAACAAUUUCAGGGCAAUCAUUAAAGAAUGAUAAAUAUCUUGUAGAAUCUGGACAGAUCUCAAUAGAAGCCGUGGAAAACAUAAGAACAAUUGUAUCAUUAACAAUAGAAGAUGCUUUUUUCAAAAGAUACAUGGACUGCAUAGAUGAACCCAGCAGAACCACAUAUAGGAAAGCUCCUCUCUUUGGCUUAGGCUAUGGUAUAGCACAAUCUAUUCCUUACUUCGUUAAUGCUGCAAUCUUCCGAUUUGGAGCAUGGCUCGUUGUGAAUUGCUUCAUGGUUUUUGAAGAUGUGUUCUUGGUUUUUGCAGUCAUUGUAUUGAGUGCUCUGUAUCUUGGACAAACAGCAACAUUUGUUCCAAACUAUGCCAAAGCUAAAGAUUCUACACAAAGAAUAAUCAAACUUCUUGAAAGGAAGCCAUUAAUUGAUAGCUACAGUGAAGAGGGAGAAAAGCUGACCAACUUUGAAGGCAAUAUUGAGUUUCAAAAUGUCAAAUUUGCUUAUCCAGCGCGACCAGAUGCAGAGGUUCUCCAAGGUCUAAACAUAAAAGUUAACAAAGGACAGACCUUGGCACUGGUUGGAAACAGUGGAUGUGGAAAGAGCACUUUGGUUCAGUUACUUGAACGAUUUUAUGAUGUGAUGGGUGGACAAGUGUUGGUGGAUGGGAAAGAUACAAGAAGUGUCAAUUUGCCAUGGUUGAGACAACAGUUGGGAAUUGUAUCCCAGGAGCCCUUGCUCUUUGAUUGCAGUAUUGCUGAAAAUAUUGAAUAUGGUGACAACAGCAGAGCUGUAUCUCAAGAAGAAAUUGAAAAAGCUGCAACAGCAGCCAAUAUUCACAGUUUCAUAGAAAGUCUACCUGAAGGACACAACACAAAAGUAGGAGAUAAAGGAACACAGCUCUCUGGUGGUCAGAAACAGAGAAUAGCUAUUGCCCGAGCUCUUAUACGGGAACCAACGGUUCUAAUCCUUGAUGAAGCUACAUCUGCCCUGGACAAUGAAAGUGAAAAGAUUGUCCAGAAAGCCUUGGAUGAAGCUAGGCAGGGCCGAACUUGUUUAAUUAUUGCCCACCGAUUGUCGACAAUCCAAAAUGCUGAUAUUGUAGUUGUUAUACAGAAAGGAAGAGUGGCGGAAAUAGGAACUCACGACCAGCUCCUGGCAAAAGAAGGAGCUUACUAUGCACUUAUCCAUGCACAGGUUCAAAAUUAACAUGAAGCUUGAAUAGAUAUAUAUUUUAAUGGCUUUGUAAUGUAGUUCCGCAGUGUUUCGCCCAUUACAUUAUUGGAAUUGUGAUAAAACUCCUGUGAAAAAUAACCCACAUUAUGUCCUUUGUCUAUGGUAAAACUUGAAGCUGGGUUAUCAAUUAAGAAUUUGUUCGCAAACUCACAAAUAUUGAAACAUUACAACUUAAUUGCAAAGUAUAAUUUGUUUAUCUCCAAACAAGUAACAUUUUGAAUAUUUCCAAUAAAUGUUUUCUGUAAUUUUCCUUAAAAAAAACGGAUCCUCAUUUUGAAUAGUACUAACUGUAGGUAGCCUGUUAAGACCAUCUAGAAUAUUUGAUUGCAUGAAAUAUAAAUCAAAAAGCUGUUUUUUUUUAAUUGUUUUAUAAUUUUGAUUCACCAUUUACAUGAGAGGGAUGUGUGGUGCAAUUAAGGCUGAAUUUAGAGCUGGAAGUCCCACUUGCCUGCGUUUGUCCAUAUCCCUCCAAACUUGUCCUAUCCAUGUACGUGUCUAACUACUUCUUAAACGCUGGGAUAGUCCCAGCCUCAAUUACUUCCUGUGGCAGCUUGUUCCACACACCACCACUGUGUGAAAAAGUUACCCAUCAGCCACCUAUUAAAUCUUUUCCCCUUCACCUUAAACCUACAGUAUGUCCUCUGGUCCUCGAUUCACUACUCAAUUAUCCAUCUGCAACUGAAACAUAUGCACUCUUUUUGAUCCAUCUGCAACUGAGACCUUAAUGAACCUCUUCCCACGUAAAGUACUGUAAGUGUAGGCUUCAGUGGUUGGCACAUAAUCAUUGGGCUAAACAGCCUGUUUCUGUGCUGCAUGAAUCUAUGCCUCGUCUGUCGUGAACUCGUAUGCCUUGCGCUGUGAUGAGUCCACACAUUUAUCUCCUCCCGCCUAGAUUACUGCAACUACACUGGCAUCAACCGAUCUUCCCUGUCCCAUCUGCAUCUGGUCCAAAACGCCGCAGCGAGACUCCUGACGGGCACGUGAAAAAGGGACCACAUCACCCCGAUCCUGGCCUCUCUCCACUGGCUCCUUGUGCGGUUCCGAAUAAAUUUCAAGAUCCUCCUUUAUGUCUACAAAGCCCUCAAUGGGCUUGCCCCCACCUACAUCAAAAGCCUGCUUACCCUCCACAGCACCUCCAGGUCCCUCAGAUCGGCCGACUUGGGGUUACUGAACAUCCCGAGGUCUAGACAUAAACUCAGGGGCGACCGCGUCUUUGCGGUUGCAGCUCCUAGACUGUGGAACAGCAUCCCUCUUCCCAUCAGAACUGCCCCCUCCAUCGACUCCUUUAAGUCGACACUUAAAACUCAUCUCUACUCCCAAGCCUUUCUUGAUGUCCUCUGAGCGAGGGCUAUAUGUAUGUAGUGAUGUUUAUAUUUAAUCUAUGAACCACUGUUGUUUGUUAUACUAUUCUUAUCCCAAUUGGCCAACGAGAGUUGCUUUGUAAAUGUGCUAUAUAAAUAAAAGUGACUUGACUUGACUAAGAUCUGAUUGUCUCAUGGCCGAUGUGGGUGAGUUGGGCUGAAGGACCUGUUUCACUCCAUGACACUAUGACUCUAAGAAACGGUCCUUGCAUUUGGAGGUAUGUGUUUUCACAGUUCAAUACCUCUAGUCUGAUUGUAGAGGGGAGGGUCUCUCCGUUGCCGAACCAGCAGGUCGAGGAACAGCUUCUUUCCGGCGGCUGUCACUCUACUCAACAGCGUACCUCGGUGACUGCCAAUCACCACCCCCACCCCCCGGACACUUAUUAUUAUUUAUUCAAAUCGUUUUUGCUAUGUCGCUCUUCCAGGGAGAUGCUAAAUGCAUUUCGUUGUCUCUGUACUGUACACUGACAAUGACAAUUAAAAUUGAAUCUGAAUCUGAAUCUGAAUCUGAGAAGAGGGAGUGACCGCGGUGAGAAUCAUCCUUUAUGAUGUUGGUGGUCUUGCCAAGGCAGUGUCAGGUGCAAAUGAUCAAUGGAAGGGAGAUACGU